AUGAGAAGCAGAGGACACAAGCAGAGCAAGUUGAAACAAAUCAUUGGUGCACCAGCCAGAUUUCUAAGCCAGGCUAGAGACUUUUAUGUUGAUAGCAUGGUCAGUUUCGAUGGGAAGGUAGGCUAUGGCAAUAUGAUGGGCUGUCCAGCUCCGCAAAUGACCAAUUUCCCAAGCAAUUUAUUGAAAAAGAAGGAUGAAAGGGAGCUUUUUCGAAUGGUGUCCUUGAAGAAGGUGGAGUUGGACAGCCGUCGGCAACCAGGAUGGCGACAGCCGGUGGUGGGUCCGAAUGGCAUAAGGAGGAGUUACAGUGUUGGGUUAGGAAAGAUUGGAAGAAUUGAUGAAGACAAGGCUUGUGAUUUUGGGGAAGAAGAGAUCAGCGUGAAGAGUGAUUUCUUGUUUGCAAGAAGCAGGAGCUAUGCUGUCACAAAGAGGAAUGUUGGAUAUUGUUAA